AUGACCCUUGCUAGUUGGUGCCACCAGUGCCCUCCGAAGCCCAGGGCAAAGGGACCCAACGCAGGAUAACGGGAGGAAAGGCCCGCUACUGGUCCGUGGGCUCCCGAGGAGGCGCGCAGACAGGACAGGGGAGACAUCUGGGAGCGCCCCGCCACUCCGCCACCAUGUGCGAGCUCUACUGCAAGCAGGACACUCUGGCGCUGAGGAGGAAGCACAUCGGGCCUUCAUGCAAAGUUUUCUUUGCUGCGGAUCCCAUCAAAAUAGUGCGAGCCCAGCGGCAGUACAUGUUUGACGAGAAUGGGGCACAGUACCUGGACUGCAUCAACAACGUCGCCCAUGUGGGACACUGUCACCCAGAAGUGGUCAAAGCUGCCCAGAAACAGAUGGAAGUGCUAAAUACAAAUUCUCGAUUCCUCCACGACAACAUCGUCGAGUAUGCCAAGCGCCUUUCUGCAACCCUGCCGGAGAAACUCUCUGUUUGCUAUUUUACAAAUUCAGGAUCAGAAGCCAAUGACUUAGCCUUACGCCUGGCUCGGCAGUUCAGGGGCCACGAAGACGUGAUCACUCUUGACCAUGCUUACCAUGGUCACCUAUCAUCUUUAAUUGACAUCAGUCCAUAUAAAUUUGGAAAGGGCAGAGCUGUCAAGAAAGAAUUUGUGCAUGUGGCACCAACUCCAGAUACUUACAGAGGAAAAUAUAGAGAAGACCAUGCCGACCCAGCCAGCGCUUAUGCAGAUGAAGUGAAGAAAAUUAUUGAAGAAGCUCAUAAGAGUGGAAGGAAGAUUGCUGCCUUUAUUGCUGAAUCCAUGCAGAGUUGUGGCGGACAAAUAAUUCCUCCAGCAGGCUACUUCCAGAAAGUGGCAGAAUACGUUCGCGGAGCAGGGGGUGUGUUUAUAGCUGAUGAAGUUCAGGUAGGCUUUGGACGAGUUGGGAAACAUUUCUGGAGCUUCCAAAUGCAUGGUGAAGACUUUGUUCCAGACAUUGUCACAAUGGGAAAACCGAUGGGCAAUGGCCAUCCAGUGGCAUGCGUGAUAACAACCAAAGAAAUUGCAGAAGCCUUCAGCAGCUCUGGGAUGGAGUAUUUCAAUACGUAUGGAGGAAAUCCAGUAUCUUCUGCUGUUGGUUUGGCCGUCCUGGAUGUCAUUGAAAAUGAAGACCUUCAAGGAAAUGCCACAAGAGUAGGGAGUUAUCUUAUUGAGUUACUGAAUAAACAGAAGGCUAAGCACACUUUGAUAGGAGAUAUCAGGGGUACUGGCCUUUUCAUCGGAAUUGAUUUAGUAAAGGACCAUCAGAAAAGGACUCCUGCCACAGCUGAGGCUCAGCACAUUAUUUACAAGAUGAAAGAAAAGCGAGUGCUUCUCAGUGCUGAUGGACCUCACAGAAAUGUGCUUAAAAUAAAACCACCUAUGUGCUUCACUGAAGAAGAUGCCAAGUUUAUGGUGGACCAACUUGAUGGGAUUCUAACAGUUUUAGAAGAAGCCACUGGAGACAAAACUGAGAAUGUGAUCUCCGAGAAUACACCAUGCAGAACAAAGAUGCCUAAGGAAGUGCUCAGUGAGGGUGCUCCGGACCAGAAAGAAAAUCCCAGCCAAAAGAGAAAUGGAUUGUGCACGGAUAAACAUUCACUGCUCAGUAAAAGGCUCAAGACAUGAGAGAUUCAUGUUUUAAAGCAAGAUAAAUGUGCUGAAUGAAUAGAAGUGUCUCUUCCGUUUAACACCUCUGUUGUACUUUCUAAAGGUAGAAUUUGCGUUCCAUUCAGAUUUGUAAAUAAAAAAAGUAAGUGAGUAGUGAGAAUAAACCAAGUGAUGAUCAAACCAUGUCAAGAUUGUUCGUUCAGCCUCUAGCCUGUUGAUUCCGUACUUGAGCUUUCUGAAUGUACUUAAUUUAUUCUACUAAAUUCAAGCUUCAAAUUGAAUAUUACGUUGGUAGUUUCACUCCUCCUGUUUUAAUGAUUGCAAUGAGAGAGCAAAGUAUAGUAAGUUCCUUAAUGUUGGAAACUUAGUGCCUUAAGAUACAAAUUCUAUAAUGAUUCCAUUAUAUAAAAGUAUAUUUAUGGACUAUAAUAAAAUAUGAUGUAAACCAAAA